UCAGUAAAUGGAGUUGACUGAUUUCCGUUCCCACCAAUAGUCGGUGUGUACAGUUGUACAAUCGGUACCACGUGACCGUUUUCCUGGCUCGCGGUUGUGGCACAAAUCGUGAUUUUCGAGGCUCUUUCUCUAUGGACUAUAACGGGGAAAAACGGACAAAGACGCAUAUUUACGAAUCUUAAAAUUGGAUGUGUUAAAUUGUUUUGUUCUGGGGGUUAUUUCGGCAAUUGAGGAGCCGCUUUCAUAGGAGCUGCCGUUUAGUUUUUACUACGGGGUUUGUUUACCACAUUUCAACUUGGUUGAGCCGUCGGAGAUGAGUGGUCCCGAGGUAGUGAAGACGCCGGGGGGUGGGGCUCCGGGGAAGGAAGGCAAGGAGCCUGUAGCAAAUGGGCAUCCAGGAGAGGGGGAUCAGGGAGGGGACGAUCCCUUUGCUGAGUACAUGUGGAUGGAGAACGAGGAUGUUUACAACAGACAGGUUGAAGAGGAGUUGUUGGAGCAGGAGUUCUUGGAGCGUUGUUUCCAGGAGAUGUUGGAUGAGGAGGACCAGGAUUGGUUCAUCCCGGCCAGGGACCUCCCCUCGGGGGUGGGUCAGAUCCAGCAGCAGCUUAACGGCCUGUCAGUCAGCGAUGGAGGAAACGCAGAGGAGAUGGCGAGGAAGAGCAACUUGAACCCCGAUGCGAAGGAGUUCAUUCCAGGAGUGAAAUACUAGGAGUCCCCCUCACCCCCAGGGAGCGCCCACGCGCACACACAAGCACGAUCUCACACACCCUCGCAGAGACUCUGGCGGCCUCGUCCGGAACACACACACACACACCGAACAACACACACAGGUCCAGGGCGUGUAGGUAGAAACCCAUAGGAGGGUGGGGGGACUUUUAUUUUGAUUUUCUGUUUGUUUGAUGGUUAACUAAGGGACAGGGUGGGGGGUGUCAGUAUGAAUAAAACCCUAUCGAGGGAGCUGCUGCUCCAUGUACACUGUAAAGGUAGUGUCUCAAAUUGCACGCUAUUCCCUAUGUAGUGCACUACUUUUGACCAGGGUCCAUGGGCUUGAGUCCAUAGGGAACAGGGUACCUUUUUGGAUGCACACCGAGACGUACAUAUACAGAGUAACGAGAAACUCUGAGAUUUACCGACCUUUUUCAUGGCUGCCAUGUUGGCACCUAAAAACUCCAUGAUAUUGCAACAGGCAAAUCGCAAAUGACACCCCGUUCCACUUUCAUUGUGCACUACCUGGUCCAAAGUAGUGCACUACAUAGGAAGUAGGGUGCCAUUUUGAGAUCUGCGUUUAUACUUUUCAUGGCUGCCAUGUUUGUGCCGGAAUGUUCCACAACAUUACCAUUCUAAUUGGAAUCCAACUAAGAAUGUUCUUGUUGCUAUAGAAUGACCCGGUGCCAACAUGGAUGACAGACAGUUGUCCGUUCUAGAACUCUGUACAUCUACGUACCUCUGGUUACAAUAUGACAUCAUAAUGACUCUGUUCAAUAGGUCGUUAUCAGUAAAAUGUCACAAUACGGUGCAGAGGUUUUGAAUCGCCUGCUGAGGGGGCAAGGAGACUCCUAGCUCCACUUAAACUGUUGACAACUGCGUGCCGUUUUCAAGGGAUUGUUAAACAAAUGUUAACUAUUUGGUUGUAAUAUCUCCUCUUGAAGCCCAGAGUCAAAAAUACAAACAUCAGAUUAUUCCACAUUUGCCUUUAUCAUCAGUUCUAAAUUAACUGCAUACUUUCCGUGAUCAGUAAACAUAAAUUGAUCAUGGAAUUUCAGAUACGCGAGGGUAGCCUCACGAUAUAUCUCAAUAUUGACCACCAUUGAUUGGAUAUUUGAGUGAUAGAAAGGAGAGCUAUUACCUGACCAGUAUGAGUGGUUUAGGUUAAUUUCCCAUCAGUUGUGGGCUCUGCCUGUCAAGCAGCAGAAGGGGGCAUUUGCAGAUGUACUGUUGGUUGAUAAUGUUUAACUUUGCUAGCUACUGGUAGAAACUUUGUACAGUUGGCUAAACAUAGUGGUAAGUAGACCUAUUGUGCUUUUUCCCAACCAACAUAGGCCUACCUAGUAACGUUAGCUAACAUUAUCCCCUUGACAACAUUGUUUUUAAGAGUGUUUUAAUCCCUAUUGCUGCUGACAGAUGUGAUAGAGAAUAAAUUGAUGUAACACGUCAAUGUGGCUAGCUAACGGCAGAUUGCGUCAAUGUGGCUAGCUAACGGCAGAUUGCGUCAAUGUGGCUAGCUAACGGCAGAUUGCGUCAAUGUGGCUAGCUAACGGCAGAUUGCGUCAAUGUGGCUAGCUAACGGCAGAUUGCGUCAAUGUGGCUAGCUAACGGCAGAUGGCGUCAAUGUGGCUAGCUAACUUCCAGUGUAUAAACUAGAUAUUGUUUGAUUUGCUUGUCCUCUAGUGGAGGUGACCGUAGUCCACUUUACCAAGAUGAGGACUUGUCCAUGUCAAGCUCUUUCCACAAGCCUAAUCUCUGAAGCAAGAUAAAUUAUGUUGUCUGGAAAUCUAUUAUGCUACAUGCCAAAUUAAUAGGUUACUCUCACAUAUCUAAAAAAAAAAAAAAACAUGAUCAAUUGAUGUUUAUUGACCAUGAAAGCAUGCAGUUACUUGCUGUAUAUCUCUUGACUAUGCUCUUCAAGAGCUGAUGAAAACAGUUAUUUAGCAAUCCCUAAAAAUGGCACAUAGUUGUCAAUGGUUUUAGCGGAGCGAGGGAUCUCCUUGCCCCCCUAGCAGCCAACUCGAACACUCUGCACAGGAUUGUGACGUUUUUAUUGAUAACCACCUACAGACCUGCCUAAAUUUCCUCUGACAUCAUAAACACUCUGUGUAGAGCGGUUUUUAUUCCUCACGGGUCUGGUUCCAAAUCAGUUACUCCUCUCUCCUAUCCCCUAACCCCUUGUGGGUGAAAAGAUUGAGGUUCUAGCCCCCAUAUCAGAACCUGGAUCUGAAAGGUAGGUCUUGUAUGGGGAGCAUUUGAACCCUUUUGAUGGUUCUAAGUGAACAAGGGUGUAGGGGUUAGGGUAUUUUAGUGUUUGGAACGAGGCUGUUCUCUGGCUUGCAUCUCAAAUGGCACCCUGUUCCCCGUACAGUGUUCUACUUUUAACCAGAACCCUACGGGCUCAGGUCAAAAGUAGUGCACUAAAUAAGGAACAGGGUCCCGUUUAGGACGCGGCCUCUCAGUACUGAAAGAAUGGAAGCAUCAUGUUGAACUCUUGUUGGUUCAAUCGUGUUUAUAUAAACACCUGAUCAGGCUCUGUUUUAAAAAUUUAAAUCUCAUUUAUUUUGUCUUUCGAGGAGCAAAGUUGUUUUUGUCUCUCUUGGGUUGCCGUAGCCUGUGGUCAAAACGGGAAUUGGAAAUGAAUUCCAAAAUGGCAGCCAUAUUCCUUCGUAUAGUGCCCUACUUUUGAUCAGGGCCCAUGGGGCUCCCAGUGGUAGUGCACCACAUGGGCAAUAGGGUGCCAUUUUGGGGUUCAUACUUGUCUGUCUUUAGCUCAGUGUCUAGGGGAGGUUCAAAUGAAUGGGCGGUACUUGAGGUCAAGUUGACUAAUCACAGGCCACGUGCACGCUGGGUCAACCAAUAAGAAUUGUCCGCCGAGUGGAUUUACAUAAAUCAUUUUCUUUUUUGUGAUUUUUGAGUUGGAAAGUCCUGACAACACAAAGUAUGAAUUUCAAUACAAAAAAAAAAAGAUUAAUAAAGAUGAAAAAAUGCA